CUCCGCCCCGCUCCGCCCCGCGCUCCGGGCGGGCAUGGCGGCGGCCGCGUACCCCGCCUGGGUGACGCGCUGGGUGUCCGGGCAGUGGCGGAACAAGAAGCGGCCCCCGGCGCUCCGCCCGCCCCGGCCGCUGGCGCUGGCCGACCAGGUGGCGAACCGCCGGGAGCAGCUGACAGAGGCUACGUGCAUUACGGAGAUGUCGGUAAUGAUGGCCUGCUGGAAACAGAAUGACUUCAACGAUGCACCUUGUACCGAGGAGAUCCGGAUGUUCUAUGACUGCGUGGCAAAGGCAGAAAAAGAGCGCAAGAAUCAAAAUGAGGACACCCUGUCAUCCAGGGGAAACUUGCCUUCAAGCAAAGUGAACAAGCUCUUGAAGAGGUUUCCUCAGAUCACCCGUUAUGUAUAAUGUACUUUAUGAAAGGGACUGUGGACAAGCAAUUAAAGUUGGGGUCUUUGUCAAAAAAGAGGAAAGUCAA